GACUUGUAUAAAUGGUGAAAGGAAAUUUACCAAGAAGGAGAAGUAGCAAGGUGCACAUGCAGAUUGCAGACACACUUGGAUAAACCAUCCCUUCUCUCUCUCUCUCUCUCUCUCUCUCUCUCUCUCUCUCUCUCUCUCUCUCUCCAUUCACUCACUUCUUUUCCACACACACAAGAUAAACACAACCUUCAACAAUCUCCCUUUUUCUCUGCAUCAUUCUUCUCACAUCACAAAACAAAUCAUGUUUUUCUAAACAACAAAACAAAAACCUCUUCACCUUUUUCUCUCUGUCAUGGAGCGUUACACGCUACCCUUACCACCCGGAGUUCAUAACACUCUCACUAUACCUUGGACAGAACCACAACAACUAACUUCAUGGACCACACCUAACUCCGAACCUAAACACAACGACCAAGACAUCGCCAUUGCUAUUGCCAUGGGUUCCUCUCUCCCUUUCUUCAAACCCGAACCACAACCCGAACCUGAUAUCAACUACUACAACAUCAACAACAGCGACAACUCUCCCUCCAACUACGUUCAUGUUCCAUUUGAUUCAAAUCCAACUAAAACAACUGAUAACUUUCUCUUACACCAAAACACAAACACCAUGGAUGCAUCAAAUCCACACCCUUUUUUCCAAAACAACAACAACUAUUUCUUCAACAACAACAACAACAACAAUAACCCAUUUGAAAUGGGUUUCGAAAAUGGUUUCUUUAUGGGAAACAACAACACUUCAAUUUCAAACACCUCUGUUUUCAUGGGUGGGUCCCUCGAACUGAGUUCAGCUUCCGAGUUUCCACCGAGUCUCGAACUCGAAGCACCACCACCACCACCACCAGUAGUACCGUUUAACGCUUCUUUUUCGAUGCCUCUUGAGUUGUCGCAACCGCAACAGCAACAACCUACGACACUGUUUCAGAAACGGAGAGGGGCGUUGGAGAUUCCGAGGUUGGAGACAGUGGGGAACAAGAAGAAGAGAAAGGUGGAGAAGAAAUGGGAAGAAGAAGGGAAUGAAGUUGAUGGUGAUGUUGAUGUUGAUGAUUUUUCAGGGUUGAAUUAUGAUUCUGAUGAGAAUGGAAAUGAUUUGAACAAUUCAAAUGGGACUGUUGUUACUGGUGGAGAUCAAAAAGGGAAGAAGAAGAAGGGGCUGCCAGCGAAGAAUCUCAUGGCUGAGAGGCGCCGGAGGAAGAAACUCAAUGAUAGGUUGUACAUGCUUAGGUCUGUUGUGCCAAAGAUUAGCAAGAUGGACAGAGCUUCAAUACUUGGAGAUGCAGUUGACUACUUGAAGGAGCUACUGCAGCGGAUUAAUGAUCUUCAUAACGAACUGGAAUCAACUCCACCUGGCUCACUGCUGCCACCUUCUGCAACUGCAAGCUUUCACCCAUUGACACCCACUCCACCAACCCUUCCCUGUCGAGUCAAGGAGGAUCUAUAUCCAAGUGACUUGCUAAGCCCCAAAAACCAAUCUCCCAAGGUGGAAGUUAGGGUAAGGGAAGGGAGAGCUGUCAACAUUCAUAUGUUUUGUACCCGAAGACCGGGACUUUUGCUUUCUACCAUGAGGGCUUUGGAUACCCUUGGAUUGGAUGUUCAACAAGCUGUUAUUAGCUGUUUCAACGGCUUUGCUUUAGAUGUAUUCAGAGCCGAGCAGCAAUGCAGAGAAGGCCAGGAUGUUCUUCCUGAGCAAAUUAAAGCAGUGCUGUUGGAUUCAGCAGGCUACCAUAGUAUGAAUUGAUUGAAGUUCCUGAUAAAAUGCUACCCUUAUAGAGGUACUAACUGUAGCUGCUGUAGCUUGCUGUUUGUAGAUGCAUUGCUUCUUGUUCCUGUUGGUAAAGGUCUGUGUCUUUAGGCCAAGAUCAAAUAGAUUAGUUUAAUCUGUAGGUGGAGGAGAUAGAUCUUAAAUUUUUCUUUAUGACAAGCAAACUUAUGUUGUUAAAUUUAUGAUUAAGUGGUGGAAUGAAUUGUUUAUUUGUAUUUUUUGCCCA